AUGACUCAGUCACUCAUGGAUGACUUGGCCACCUUUCUCGACAAUGCCAGUUGGCAAAAAGACAAAGAAAAUCGGAACGUCUUUUUUUGUGACGAUGUUGGUUUGGAGCCGUUAUUGGUGAAGGCUUCCACCGAAUUUCCCAACUAUCUCCAACGGCAUGGAUUUCAAGUAUGGAAGGUUCUGGAGGAAACAAAAUUCGUGGAGAAGGAAGGAAUUGGAAAGCAAGGCUACAUUAUACCAGUGACGAUUAUCUCCGGCCACCCUCGUUUAUUGUCCGAGCCUUCUCAGCCUCUCCUUGUUCCGAAAACCCCAACAAUCUUCCAACGUGAGCCUGUCAUCUCACCAGCGUUGUAUCUCAUUCUCGCUCUCCCGCCGGCUACAUAA